CUGUGACUUCUGCAGGGCCGGUCAUGGUGUUUUAGGAAUAAAAGGGAUCUGCUAGCACGUCCACGUCACUUUUUCCUUCGCUUGCAGCCGCCGUCUCAGCUUAUCUGAGUGCUAUUCCAGCCUCCACUCAUAGGAGGCAGGGCCAUGCAUACUUUACGAGGUAAUGCUUUUUCUCGGCGAUCACUGCAUAGCUGUGACACGUGCCCUGGUCGCGUGAACAUCCUCCAUCUAGCUCCAGUACCCAAAUUACCUGCUGGAAGUAACAUUCAAAAGCGCGAGGGGGCAGUAAAAAUGGCUGCUGCAGCAGCUGCAUCUACCCCGGCGAGUGUGCCGGUGGACACAACCCUCAAUCCUCUGGUCGCGUCCGUAAAGCCGUCGAAAACCAUGGCGCUGACGGAUCUUGCAACUUCAAUGAAGGAGUCCGGCAUUGACGUCAUCGGUCUGGCUGCGGGCGAGCCCGAUUUCGACACGCCCACCGCCAUCGUGGAGGCGGGCGUGCAGGCGCUGCGCUCCGGACACACGCGCUACACGCCCAACACCGGCACCACUGCGCUGCGGAAGGCCAUCUGCAAGAAGCUGCAGGAGGACAACGGUUUGUCGUACAGUCCGGAUGAGAUCGUUGUGAGCAACGGCGCCAAGCAGUCCAUCUGGCAGGCGGUGCUGGCGACCGUGUCACCGGGGGACGAGGUCAUCAUCCCCGCCCCCUACUGGGUCUCCUACACCGAGAUGGCUCGCCUGGCCAACGCCACCCCCGUGGUGGUGCCCACGGGCCCGGAGGAGGGCUUCCUCAUGAGCCCGGAGAAGCUGGCGGCGGCACUCACCCCCCGCAGCCGCCUGCUCAUCCUCUGCACGCCAUCCAACCCCACCGGCGCGGUGUACCCCAAGGAGCACCUGGAGGCGCUCGCUGCCGUGGUUGCCGCGCACCCGCGGCUGCUGGUGCUGUCAGACGAGAUCUACGAGUACAUCACAUACGCGCCCGCGCAGCACGUGUCCUUCGGGGCGCUGCCCGGCAUGUGGGAGCGCACGCUCACCGUGAACGGCUUCUCCAAGGCCUACGCCAUGACCGGCUGGCGCCUGGGCUACCUGGCCGCCCCGCGCCACUUCGCGCGCGCAGCCGCCAUCAUCCAGUCGCAGUCCACCAGCGGCGCUUCGUCCAUCAGCCAGCAGGCGGCGCUGGCGGCCCUGGCACUGGGUCCGGGCGGCGGGCAGCCGGUGCAGGACAUGGUGGCCGCGUUCAGGGAGCGGAGGGACUACGUGUCCUCCCGCCUGCGCUCCAUCCCCGGAGUCAACCUGGCUGAGCCCGCCGGCGCCUUCUACGUGCUACCCGAGAUGAGCGCGUUCUUCGGGCCCGGGGCGCGCGCGGAGGGCUUUGGGGAGGUGCCCGACUCGGACACCUUCUGUCGCUACCUCAUUGAGAAGGCACAUGUUGCGGUGGUGCCGGGUGACGCCUUCGGCGCCGACAGCUGCAUCCGCAUCUCCUACGCGGCGUCCAUGGAGACCCUGGGCAAGGCACUGGACCGCAUCUCCGCCGCCCUGGACCCCCAGGUUUACACCCGGCGGGAGGGCUGCAACUAGGGUUUUGGGAAGACUGGGAUCCCGCAGGUGCAACUAGGGUUUUGGGAAGACUGGGAUCCCGCAGGCGAACACGUGGCUUCCACGAUGGGGACAGCUGGGAACAGAUUCAUCUUUCUUCCGGAAAGAUGACGCUGCGUUCCUGUACUCGCGGCCAGGUUUCGUGAUACAUCUUGUCGCGGCUAGGCUUGUUGUAGAUAUGUGUUUCGAGGACGCCUGCAGCCUCCUGUCGCCGGCUGCGCUGAAGCAAUGUAAACAUGGGAUGUAGCUCUGGGGUGCCGGGCUCCUCUGCGUUUGCGGUGUGUGCCAAGGCAGUGGCGGAUGGGUUGAAUGAAUACGUCAACAGGGCGGUGAGCAGGGUUGUUAUGUGUAAGCGUACGUAAGAGAGGUCGGUCGAUGGCGAUGGUAAAUUGGUAUUGGUGCUUGUGAGUUCAGGUUGGUAAUGCAGGAUGGUGAAGGACUGACCCAUAGGUGGAGCUUCAUAACAGCUCUGUCCUCGGGCGCGCGAAGAUGUUUUGGCUAAGGUGACAGGAUUGAGCCGCUGGAGGCUGGGGUUGGGGUGACUCUGGCUCCGGAAUUUGGAACGGUUGUUUUGCCGUGGGUAGUCCGUGUGCGGCACCUUUCAGUCUUUGCUUAAUUAGCUAGACGUGCCUUGCGACUACAAACAUAGGGCUUGACUGCAGACCUGGGACGGGGGCUUUGUCAAAUGUGUCCCUAAGGAAUUCUCUGUGGUGGCCCCUGUGCACAGGGUUGUCGAAACUGUGGUUAAAACGGUAACUGGCGGGAUGCCACGUUGCGCCACAGGCCCAAAGAUAAUUCCAGAUGACAGAGCGUCGCCAAUGGGUGCUAUGAGGUGUGGUUGAGGCGUCUAUGAAUGCAAGCUGUGUCCGUUGCCGUGCAAAAUACUCUAC